AUGGAUAAAAGAAAGGUAACAAUAACUAGUGAUAUUUCUAAUGAAAACGAAGAUAAGAAAGCAACUACUAUUCUUCGAGUACGUCCACAUCAUCGUAUUAUAGAAAAUUUUCUUGUUGUUUGGUUAGAUCCAAAUCUUCGAGAUACUAUUGAUGAUGAUUGCCGUGAUAUAAUUGAUCAAUUACGAAGUAUUGUAAAUUCAAUUGAUAUAUAUAGUGAUGUUGAUUAUUGUAUUGAUUUUCUCAGUGAUAUUAAAGAUGAAAAAGCUUUUAUGAUUUUAUCUGGUGCUUUUGGUCAACAAAUAAUAUCCUAUAUUCAUGAUAUUCCACAACUUCAUUCGAUUUAUAUUUUUUGUGGAAGUAAAACCAAACAUGAACAAUGGGCAAAAGAUUGGCCAAAGAUAAAAGGUGUUUUUACACAAAUAGGACCGAUUUGUGAUGCAUUAAAACAAACAACACAAAAAUGUGAACAAAAUAUUACUCCGAUUAGUUUUGUUACAGCAAAUGAAGUAUCUGAUCAAAAUUUCGAUCAACUUGAUCAAUCAUUUAUGUAUACACAAAUACUUAAAGAAAUUCUAUUUGAAAUAAAAUACAAUCAACAAUCUAUUAAAGAUUUAGUUAGUUAUUGUCGUGAACAAUAUGCUGGUAAUUCAAAUGAAAUACAAAUUAUUGAUGGAUUUGAAGAAAAUUAUCGUAAACAUUCACCCAUAUGGUGGUAUACAUAUUCAUGUUUUAUUCAUUCUAUGCUUAAUCGAGCUUUACGUACGCAUGAGGUUGAUAUAAUUAUUAAGAUGGGAUUUUUUAUUCAAGAUCUUCAUCGACAAAUUGAUAAACUUCAUAACGAACAAUUAGAUGAACAACAAAAACGGCCAUUCAUUGUUUAUCGUGGACAAGGUUUAUUAAAAGAAGAUUUUCAAAAAUUAAUUAAAGCAAAAGGUGGACUAAUGUCAUUUAAUAACUUUUUAUCGACGAGUAAAAAACGAAAAGUUGCAUUGGAAUUUUCUCAGGAUGCUUUGAAUAAUAUUGAUAUGUUUGGUAUUCUUUUUAAAAUGAUUAUUGAACCAUCGAAUCUAUCCACUCCAUUUGCAUUUAUUGAUGGUAUUAGUUAUUAUACUACAGAACAAGAAAUUCUUUUUUCAAUGCAUACUGUUUUUCGUAUUGGUGAUAUAAAACAAAUUGAUGAUAAUACUAACAAUCGUCUCUAUCAAGUCGAACUUAAAUUGACUAGUAUUAAAAAUCAACAAAUUAUUGCAUUGACGGAACGAAUGCGUGAAGAAACUUAUGGGUCGAAUGGAUGGCAUCGACUUGGUAUGUUACUGAUUAAACUGGGAAAAUAUGAUAAAGCUGAACAAGUUUAUAAAGUUUUAUUUAAUUUAAGUACGGAUAAUACUGAGAAAGCAUUACUUUAUCAUCAACUUGGUUUAAUAAAACGUAAUCAAGGAGAUUAUAAUGAAGCACUUUUAUCAUAUGAAAAAGCUCUUGAAAUUUAUCAAAAAUUUCUUCCAGAAGAUCAUCCAGAUUUAGCAACUUCUUAUAAUAAUAUUGGUCAAGUAUAUAAUAAUAUGGGUGAAUAUGCAAAAGCUCUUUCAUUCUAUGAAAAAUCUCUUGAUAUUUUUCAAAAAAAUUUACCAUCAAAACAUACAUCAUUAGCGAUAUCAUACAAUAAUAUUGGUUUGAUACAAAGAUUUAUGGGUGAAUAUGCAAAAGCUCUUGAAUCACAUGAAAAAGCACUUGAAAUCGAACAAAAUAGUCUUCCUUCAAAUCAUCCGUCUUUAGCUAUUUCAUAUAAUAAUAUAGGUUUACUCUAUGAUUAUAUUGGUAAAUAUUCGCAAGCACUUACAUUCUAUGAAAAAACACUUGAAAUUUAUCAGAAAACUCUUCCAGCAAAUCAUCCUGAUUUAGCAACAUGUUAUAAUAAUAUUGGUUCUGUAUAUAAAAAUCUAGCAGAAUAUUCCAAAGCACUUUUAUUCUAUAUAAAAACACUUCAAAUUGAAGAAAAAUCACUUCCUAAAAAUCAUCCGGAUCUAGCUAUUACCUAUAGUAAUAUUAGUAUAGUAUAUGAUAAUAUGAGAGAAUAUACGAAAGCACUUGAAUUUCAUGAAAAAGCUCUUCAAAUUCGAGAAGAAACACUUCCGGUAGGACACCGAAUGUUAGCAACGACGUAUAAUAAUAUGGGUUCUGUUUAUGAUACUAUGGGUAAUUAUACGGAAGCACUUUCUUAUUAUGAAAAAUCUCUUGAAAUUGAAUUAGAAAAACUUCCUCAAGAUCAUCCGGAUUUAGCUACAUCUUAUAAUAAUAUUGGUCUUGUAUAUGAUAAUCAAGGAAUAUACACGAAAGCAUUAUCUUAUCAUACAAAAGCACUUGAAAUCUAUGAAAAAACUCUUCCAUCGAAUCAUCCUGAUCUAGCUAAUUCUUAUAAUAAUAUUGCUUUGGUGUAUCAAAAAACAAAUGAUUAUACAAAAGCUCUUCUAUAUUAUAAAAAAGCACUUGAAAUUCGACAAAAAUCACUUCCAUCGAAUCAUCCUGAUUUAGCUAUUUCUUUCAGUAAUUUAUGGCAAUUAUAUCAAAGUAUGGGAAAUAAUGUACAAGCAUUUCAAAUUUAUCAACAAUCAAUUCAAACUGAUGAAAAAAAUCUUGAAUCUGAUCAAUCAUAUAACGCUAUCGAACAAGUUUAUGACAAUAAAGAAGAAUUACCAAAAAAACCUUCAUUGAUCAAACCUCUUCUUAAAAAUAUACGAAUUUCACAUCUUCCAAAACAAUUUCGUAUAAAAAACUUUCGAAUGGAAUUGAAAUUAAGAGCUAAAAAGAAAUAA